AUGAAAUUUAAUCAGAGAAUUGUUCUCUUUGUAGCAGUACUGUCAGCUGUCUUUCCAGUUAUCGACACCUGUUCGAGUCAACAGAGAAGAAAAAAUUCAUCUGUAAACCCUGUGCGAUCACCAACAGCGCCACCUACGAUAUUCAGUGAUUGCAGUACAAUCUACAGCAGUGUUUACUGCCUCAAUGGUGGAAGAUGCUUCAACUAUACAAUUGGGCAUCUCCAUUUGCCGGCCUGCCAAUGCCCCGAGGGCUUUAUGGGGGAACGCUGUGAGCUCAAGUAUCUGAGUUCUAUUGCUCUGGCCGAUGCCCGAAUGGUUGCCUUUGUUGGUGUCGCCAUAUUAUCAAUAGGGGUUGCUCUACUUACACUACUCAGUGCACUCUCUCCUGCAGGCGGACAGUGGUAGUUCCAUCUGUCACUUUUUUUUUGACAAACUUUGUUUUGGCCCCUUGGCAGGCUCAAAAAUGCCAAAAACCGACUGUUAACAUUAUGUACUUUUUUCUCAUUAUCUCAUUUACUAUUUGCCCUGUUUUGUGCGCAACAUUUAGUUUUAAAAAACAUUAUGUACUAUAUAGCAAAAUAUAUAAAUUAUACAUAGUA